AACAACUAAGUUUGGGGUGACAAUAAAAUUAACAAAAUGAAAAUAUUAAUUUUAAUUUGUUUUGUGUGUGGCAUAUUAAAUGUCCACACUAUAGAAACACCAAAUAAAGCCAGUAAAAUAACGUCAACAAAACAAAUUACCGAUGACACAACAGCAGCCGUUGCUGCAACAGCAACUGUUGCCAAAGAAUCAACAUCAAAUGACGCUACCAAAGAUAAGAGACAAACAAAAGACACAAAAGAUGGCAACAACGUCUAUGCAAAUCACCGAACGGAUGGAACUGGCAGCGGCAGCAGCAAUGGUCGUUCCAGUACACAUUCCGAUGAUCCAGAAGAUCCACAAGAGACCAUUUAUGGUACAGAUGGUAGACAAUUUUUAAUACGACCACAGUCACAACAGCAGCAACAACAGCUACAAAGCGAUGAGGAGCAACAACAGGAACAGCAGCAGCAUCAACAUCAGCCACGACAUCAAUUGAGAAAUUACCCGGUAACCAUACGGCCACAUAGUUCACAGCUACUGGAACAAAGUCAAGAGAUCCAACAUUAUGCCUAUCUGCAAGACUUAAAUCGACAGCAGCAACAACAACAACAGCACAAGUCACAAAGCCAUGGUAAAUCUCGAACUGUUCAAAAUAAAAAAUCACCGGCUCGUAAUCAUCAAUCUGAAUCAGCAACAAACAGUCAAGUUGAAGAAGCCGAACAACGUUAUUCAGUGGCAGUGGAACAACCUGUACCAAUAGCUCAGCUACAUCCAAGAGGACAAAUCUAUCGGCCACAAACUCCCUACCAUAUUGCAUUGCAACAGCAGCAGCAACCACAACCGAAUGGCGGUGCACCACCCAAUCAACCAUAUCAGAUAAUACCAGAAGAGCAAUUUUUAAAACUUUUAGAAGAAGAACUACAAGCCAGGGCAUAUCAUGAAGAUCAAGUAAGGCGACAACAGCAGCAUGCUCAAGCACAAGCUCAGUCGCAGGCACAGGCACAAUCACAACAAAAAGCUCCACAACAAGCCCAAGGCCUCGGUCAUUAUCGCCAACGUAUUGAGACCGCGGAUGAUGAGCAACAACUCCAGCCGGAAUAUGUACAAUAUCAAACACCAAGAUCACGUGGCGGUCCCAAAUAUUUGCCAUUUCCCCAGAAUCCCAUACAGGAACAACGACAUCAGCAACAAUUACUCGAACAGGAAGCUGCAGCAGCACCACACCCUCCACCAUCACUACCGCCUCAAAUAGCUUACUAUAGACCUCAAAUCAAUUACAAGACCCUGGCCAAUCAUCCAUUGGCAAAAUCAUCUCUGGAAAAAGAAAUCGAAAACUUGUUUGCCUCGAAUAAACCCCAUGUAUCACCCGUUCAGAUAGUUGAUAACUCAAAUGAACCAUCGGUUCUCAUAAAUCAUCCUCAUCACCGACAUACCGUUGCGCCCUCACCUCCACCACCGGCACCAACUGUUCAAACCCACUCACCUCGCCCAAUUUCCGCCAAAGCCUAUGUCCCCAGCACCUCGGCUCCAAAUAGUGUAACCGAUGCAAACAGCCAACCUUUUAUACCCUCAGUAUUUCGACUUGGUAAUUAUCCACAGCUUGUUGGUAAUUACCCCGUACCUCAACAAGUUAUAGAUGCCAAAAAAUUGGGCCCAGUGGUUUAUCCUCCAUCUGCCCAACCACCAGUCCAGGCAUCUCAGUUUUAUUACCAAGAAGCUUUGCCCUCACCUCGGCCCAAAGCAGUUCGUCAUAAAUAUGGUACUAAAUUCGCAACAACACCCACCCCAGUCAAAACCCACCAAAACGAAGUAAACUAUCCAGCCCCAAGCAAAUACGCUCAACCCAUACUGUACGAGCCUGAAAGACCAACGCCAUCAACAGCUCCGGCCGAACCAACUCAUUUCUAUCCCAGCCCACCAGAUCCUCAUCGAAAUAUAGCCUCACCACCUACAGUCCCUCCUACACCAGCAGUUACCACGAAAUAUUCACAUCAUGCUCCAACAGAUUUGCGUCAACUACCACUUCCCGCCUCAUCGCCAUCUCAAUCUAGUAUUUAUGUAUCACAGGGAACGGGUAUUGCCACACCAUCACGUCCCGUUAAACCCAAAACAAUAGAAGACUUGAAGCAAUUACAUUUGCCACCACCAGGAGGUAAGCCGCUGACACAGGCCGAAUUUCAAGCCUUAGUCGAUGCAGGCUACCCCGUAACUGCAGUUCCCGUUCCAGUACCUGUGCCCUAUGAACAAUACGUUAAAGAUCAUCCUGAAUAUCGUAAUCAACCUCCACCACAACCGCCAGCUCUACCCGUAAAUUAUGAACAAUUGAUGCGUUUUGCUCAGUUGCAACAGCAUCAGAUUCCCCAUCCCCAGUAUCUCGCCACACAACGUGCCCAUCCACGUUCAUUGUUAGCUAGGCCAUCGGAACCAUCUGUGAAAAUUCUCUCCUCUCCAUCGGAACCACAAGAACAAACCGUGUCGGCUAUUGGUGGUGGUAGUGUAACAUAUCUAAGAGCGAUUCCCGAAAAUUCGAAACGACGUCCGCGCGACGAAAGCGAAACGAAAGUAAUGGGGGCAAAGGAAGAGUCCGAAAAACUUGAUUUGGAGGAUAAUUUACAAAGCAAAGUUGAAACUUUAAACUAG